AUGGAAGUUGUGCAAAAGAACGAGGCCUUCAGAAGGAUUGAUGGCAAAAUGAAAUUUUCCUACGUCCAGGUUUUUGUUUUGCAAGCUGGCAUAUUAUAUACUGGAAAAUGGAUGAAUCGAUUCGAUUUGCCGAAGACGCUGGAGGACCUUCAGGAAGUCAAGCAAAUUCCAACCGAGGACAGGGGACCAGAAGUGAAUACCACUUGGUCAGCUGUCUAUGUGAAAAAACCGAGUCUCCUCGCGUAUAUUGACGGAAACCUUGAAAAGCAAAUCGCUCGCGAAGUUGAAACAUGCGAAAUCCUGCGCAAGAAUCCUCAUCCGAAUAUUGCGACCUAUUACGGCUACAAUGAGAUUAAUGGUCGAGUCGCUGGGCUGUGCUUCAAACGAUACACGGCGACGCUUCUUGAAGCAGUUAAUCCUCAACGACUAGGCAAGGUUGCUUUCCUUUCAAGCGCGCGCGAUCUAGUGAAACGGAAUAUGAUAAGUGGUCUAGAAGGGAUUUGGGCUGCCAUUAAACAUCUCCACUCGCUUGGACUCGUCCAUAACGAUAUAAACCCUGCGAACAUCAUGAUUGACGAUGACGACACGCUUGUUCUCAUUGAUUUUGAUAGCUGUCGUUAUAUUGGAGAGCCCUUGCGCAACACCGAAACGAAAAGAACCCACCACUGGCACGACCCUUCUGUCGAGGUCUCGCUCGAGAAAAAUGACUUCGACGCUUUCAAUGAGCUACAAAUAUGGCUGGCUGGAUCGGCGGAUGAGGACUUUCUUUUUGAAUGA